AUGUUAUUUUCAAAAUUAAUUUUAUCAACUAUUUUAUCAGCUUGUUUGAUUAAAUCAGAAGAAAUUGAUACUACCAUUACUUCAACUAUUACAAUAACCAAAACUUUAUAUACUCCAGAAGAAUCAGCUAGUAUGGAAGCAGAAUAUCAAGCAUCAAUUGCAUCAGUUGCAUCAGUUGAAGCUGAAGCUGCUUCAUUAGCAUCUGUAGCUGCAGCUGAAGCACAACAAGCUUCACUCGAUGCUUAUUAUGAAUCAUUAGCAAGUGAAACUCAAGCUAUUGAAUCUGCUACUGAAACUGAAGUUGCUACUGAACAAAGUAGAAAUUAUUCAAUAACUUAUGUUACUGUUACCGUUAUUCCAGAAAAAUUAGUUAAUACAUCAUCAAUUGAUUUACCAACUGAAAUUCAAAUUGAUACAGAAAUUACAGAAGAUCCUAUUGAAUCAUCAUCUCAAAGUUUAUUCACAGAGACAGUCAAUGAAAUAGUUACUAUUGCUCCAGAAGAAAGUGAAGAUGCUGGAUAUGUACAUGGUAUUAGUGCUGCAGCUGGUAUUUUUGCUUUAAUUGCCGCAAUUUUGUAA